CCAUAUAUGAACUAAAUUUCAAGAAUCAAUAACCAUUGGUGCCAAAUUCCCAAUGUUCAAAUCCAAAACCCAAAAGAUUUUGUCUUCCAAAUAUGCAACACUUUGUUAUUCUUCAGCUCCCUCUAUAGCUGAGGCCAACACUCAUCAUCAUCAAGUAGUUCUUGAACAAACACCAAUUUCACAAUUUUCUCAUUAUUUUGAUCCAAGAUUCUAUAUUUCUCAACUUAUAAAGUGUAAAAAUCUUUAUCAAGUAAAACAAGUUCAUGCUCAAAUAACAACUAAUGGGUUUCUUGAAAAUCAAAUUGUUGCUAAUAAACUUCUAUACAUAUAUUGUAUGCAUAAGUCUUUAGAUGAUUCAUAUGCUUUGUUUUGUGGAUUUAGUGAGAAAAAUGCUGUUUCUUGGAGUGUUAUGGUUGGUGGGUAUGCUAAAGCUGGAGACUUUAUGAACUGUUUUAGAACUUUUAAGGAGUAUUUAAGAUCUGGGGUUAGACCAGAUACUUAUACUUUGCCUUUUGUGAUAAGGGUUUGUAGAGAUACAAUGGAUCUGCAAAUGGGUAGAUUGAUUCAUAGUGUUGUUUACAAAUGUGGGUUGCUGUUAGAUGACUUUGUUGUUGCAGCACUUGUUGAUAUGUAUUCAAAAUGUAAGGUUAUUGGGGAUGCAAAGCAACUGUUUGAUGGAAUGCCUAAGAGGGAUGUUGUGACUUGGACCGUUAUGAUUGGGGCGUGUACGGAGUGUGGGGAUCCGACUGAGGCUUUAGUUCUGUUUGAUCAAAUGAGAGAGGAAGGAGUUGUCCCGGAUAAAGUCGCUGUGGUAAAUGUAGUUAAUGCUUGUGCAAAGAUAGGGGCAAUGCAUAAGGCUAAGUUAGUACAUGAAUAUAUAGUGAAGAACAAGUUUUCGUUCGAUGUUAUCUUGGGGACAACGAUGGUUGACAUGUAUGCUAAAUGUGGAUCGGUUGAUGUUGCAAGGGAAGUGUUUGAUGGUUUGAGAGAAAAGAAUGUUAUAACUUGGAGUGCAAUGAUAGCAGCUUAUGGUUAUCAUGGCCAAGGAAACAAAGCUGUUGAUAUGUUCCCUAUGAUGUUAAGGACGGGGAUAUUGCCUAACAAGAUCACGUUUGUUUCUCUUUUGUAUGCGUGUAGUCAUAGCGGGCUGGUUGAAGAAGGUAAACAACUUUUCAAUUCUAUGCAGAAAGAGUACGGAGUGAAGCCUGAUAUCAAACAUUUUACAUGUAUGGUGGACCUCUUGGGCCGUGCUGGGAAAAUUGACGAUUCAUUAAAGUUAAUAGAGGAUAUGGCUGUUGAAAAAGAUGAAGGGCUUUGGGGGGCAUUACUUGGAGCAUGUAGAAUUCAUGGACGUGUAGAGCUUGCCGAAAUGGCAGCAAAAUCCUUGAUUGAAUUGCAACCCGAAAAUGCAGGGCACUACGUCUUGCUAUCAAAUAUAUAUGCUAAAGCUGGUAAAUGGAAGGACAUGGCCAAGAUUAGGGAAUUAAUGAGCCAUCAGAAAUUGAAGAAAGUCCCCGGUUGGACAUGGAUUGAAGUUGAUAACAAGAUUCACCGAUUCAGCGUUGGAGACCACACCCAUCCUCUAUCGAAAGAGAUCUAUGAGAAGUUAAAAUAUCUGCUCAAGGAACUAGAGAUUUCUGGUUAUGUUCCGGAUACAAACUUUGUGUUGCAUGAUGUUGAUGAGGAACUUAAGCUUGGAAACCUAUUCUCUCAUAGUGAAAAGUUGGCUAUUGCAUUUGGCCUCAUAAGCACACCUGAACAAUCCACUAUAAGAAUUAUGAAGAACCUUAGAGUAUGUGGUGACUGCCACACAUUCUGUAAGUUUGUUUCUCAGGUUACAAGUAGGGUGAUCAUAGUCCGUGAUGCAAAUCGGUUUCACCACUUCAAAGAAGGUGCCUGUUCUUGCAAAGAUUACUGGUGAUUGGCUUUGUUCCAGUCUUAUGAGGUGAAUGCUAUGCCGUAAUGCUGCCGGGUGUGUGUCAAAUAGUGCA